AUGCCAGGGCCUUCCCCAUCCGCACAUCAAGUCCUAGUCUAUUCCGGACCAGGUGUCUCACCACUCUCACUCUCACAUACUAUCCUCACCCUCUCUUUGCUCCUCUUACCGCACUAUACGGUCCAGCCAGCGACUCCGGAAGUCCUGUCUAGCCAACCAUGGGAACCAUCCUGUGCUCUACUGGUCAUUCCGGGAGGUAGGGAUCUGCCUUUCGUAGAGGAAUUAACAAUCAAACGGAAAGUCACAAAGAGGAUAAAAGAGUAUGUGGAACAAGGUGGAAAAUAUCUUGGUAUCUGUGCUGGAGCGUAUUUCGGUACGAAGCAGGUGAAAUUUGAUGUGGGUGGUGAUAUGCAGGUGAUAGGUGAAAGGGAUCUUGCUUUCUUCCCUGGGUCGAGCGAAGGACCUACGUUCCCAGGUUUCCAAUACGCCUCGGAAUCGGGUUCCAGAGCCGUAUCACUCUUCCUUGAACCUUCCUCGAGUGCUUCUACAUCCUCGCAUAGAUCGAUAGAUCAUCUAUAUUACAAUGGCGGAGGUUAUUUCGUAUUGCCCUCACCCAGACCAUCAAAUGUAGAAGUACUAGCAAGAUACGCAGAUACGGGAAAGGAUGAAGAUCUCAUUGCGGUGGUCCUCACUAAAAAUGGGAAGGGGAAGAGUAUAUUAUGUUCGAUACAUCCUGAAUAUCCUCUAAAUGACCCUCCAGCAAGAUUAGCAAUUAACAAGCUUGAGCAUCCGCCCGAGACUGAAGAGAUAGAAGCGAGUGAGAAAGAAAGGAUCAAAUGGGUUGAAGAGCUUCUCAAAGCAUUGGAUCUGAACCCUCCGGAUAAACAUCAAAUCUUGAAUAAUAACAAUAAAGAAGGAGAAGUACAAGGCGAAGAAGAUCCAAAUCUGUUAUUACAUCCCACACACCCUUCACCGAUCUUUGUCUUAUCGCAUCCUGAUUUACCUGAACUCUCCGUUGAUGCGAUAUCGAAGAAUGAAUUGAAGAAUAAGAUGAUAAGAGAAGAUAAGUGGGAAAUACUCAAAGAUGGGAAUGAUCAGAUCCAUUUCGGUAAUGCCGAAUCAACCUCCAAUUCAGCGUCUACAUCCGAGGACGAAGUGACUCGAUGGCUAGCCAAGAAAAGAAGAGAUCAACCUCAGCUUGAACCUCCUCCUAUCGAAUCUUUGAAAAUCGAUUCGAAAGGUGAUGUUUCCCCUCCUGUACCCCAACCACCAGAUUUCCAUUCUAUACCUAAAACCAUCCUUCUACCUUCCGCCAACAUCCCUUAUACUCCGCGUUGGACACCAUUGUUUAACUUUGACACGUACUGGAAAGAGCUGGAUAGUGCUAGGAAGAGUAGUGGUAGGAGAUCUGGCGUUAUGCGUAAGAGCGACCAGGGACAGGGGGAGAAAUGCGCUUUGGGCGAUUUGGUAUUUUAUGGAGAGACAGUGACGAGUACGCAAACGAUGCUCGAUCGAAAUCCUUUAUUACUUACCAACUUAUCUGCACCACUUGCAUUCCUCGCUACUUUCCAAUUAUCAGGACGAGGUCGAGGAUCGAACAUCUGGUUAUCCCCUGCAGGAUGUCUACAAUUCUCUUUAUUACUUGACCUGCCCUCCUCAUUAUCAAACAAAAUGGUCUUCAUACAGUAUAUCAUGGCUUUGGCGGUAUGUGAAGCAGUAGAUGAAGAUGGAAGAUUAGGAGUGAGGAUUAAAUGGCCCAAUGAUAUUUAUGCUGAAGUAGAGGGUGUGAAUGGCACUGAGAUUGGAUCAGGUAAAAAAGGGAAAGCAAAAUUGGGUGGGAUAUUGGUUAAUACCAAUUUCGUGGGUGGUAAAUGGAGGAUUGUCGUUGGAUGCGGUAUCAACGUUCUCAAUGCAUUACCUACCACAUCACUCUCUCAACUCCAUUCACUCCUAGCUGUUAAAUUAUCGAAUUCAAAUAAGACAUUGCCUCCUGCACCGACUAUGGAAGGUACUUUUGCCAAGAUCAUGAAUUCCUUUGAAAACAAAUGGGAACAAUUCAUAGACGAGAAGGGAUUUAAGGGAUUCAUGAAUGAAUAUCAUGGAAGGUGGUUGCAUUCUGGUCAAGAAGUAACUCUAACUACGACUGAACCUCCAACACCCCUUAGGAUCCUCUCUAUAACUCCAGAUCAUGGCUUACUACGUUGUAUACCCAUUAAGAAAUCCACUUCGACGACGUCAAAUGGAUUGACACCGCUGUAUAACAGGACGGUCGAUCAUAGUACCGAAGAUAGGUAUUCCCCUUCGUCUUCUUCAGCGUCAACGGGUGGAGGGGGACAAACGGAAUUCGUGGAUUUACAACCUGAUGGAAACAGUUUUGACCUGAUGAGUGGGUUGAUCAAGAGGAAAGUGUAG